CGUAGCCGCGCCGCGGGGAGGAUUCGCAGUGCGUGUGACGGCGUUAGGCGGCGCGGGUCCCCGGAGCCAGGUCCCUGGGCUAAGCUCCCGGCCCGAGGUUCCCCGCUCAGCGCUGUCCCUGGGCCGCUGGUUCCCCAGGGCGGGCCCAGGGCCCCUUGGCGUGUGGCUGCUGCUGAGUGCCUAGUGCAAAGGGGCCUCCGGCCUGAGUCCUCCGGCUCCCUGGUUCUCAAGCUGAGGGUCGCGUGUGGCCCAGUCAGCGCACAGCUGUGACCCCAUGUGACAGCCUCAGGGCCGCAGAGAUCUGACUUUUUUUUCCUGGAUAACUGGAGUAGGAUAGGAGCAUUGCACUAGACUGAAAUCUCAGUUGACACUCAGCAUUCUUCACCCCUUCAGCUGAUGCCUGGGAAUGGGAAAGCUGCAACUCAGCUUUCCCUGUAGUGUGAAAAAGAGAGUUCUCCAGAAGAACAAGGCAAGUUGGGACCUGAUAUUUGUCAUGUGUUCUUUGAAACUGCAUCUUAAUCCCUCAUUUAUACGUCACGGGAAAGACUGGAGCGGUGACUGCAAACUAGAUGAUGCCCCUCUCCACUCAACCUGAAACUGGUGAUGACCAGUAUGUUUUAGUUGCCAGUCUUGACAAUGUCAGAAACCUCUCAAAUAUCCUAAAAGCCAUUCAUUUUAAAGACCAUGCAACAUGUUUUGCAACUACAAAUGGAAUCAAGGUUACAGUGGAAAAUGCAAAGUGUCUGCAGGCAAAUGCCUUUAUUCAGGCAGGGAUUUUUCAAGAAUUUAUUGUACAGGAAGAGUCUGUGAUGUUUCGAAUCAAUUUGGCUGUUCUUUUAGACUGCUUGACCAUUUUUGGUACAAAUUCUUUGCCAGGUACUUCAACAGCACUUCGAAUGUGUUACCAUGGUUAUGGCUACCCCUUGACCCUAUUUCUAGAAGAAGGAGGUGUGGUAACUGUGUGUAAAAUUAACACUGAAGAACCUGAAGAGACACUAGAUUUUGAUUUCUGCAGUACAAAUGUGGUUAAUAAAAUUAUCCUGCAGUCAGAAGGGUUAAGAGAAGCAUUUGCUGAAUUAGAUAUGACCAGUGAGGUCCUGCAGAUCACCAUGUCUCCAGACAAGCCUUAUUUCAGAUUUGAUGGUGGCAAUAUCAAAUGCUUUGCUGAGUUGGUGCAUUUUGUCUUUUAGAUUAUCCACCUUUGGCAAUGCAGGAA